GUUAAGUUACAGCUGCGACGCAUGACGACAGUGCGAUCGUGUAUAUAAAGCGGCGGCAAGAAUUUACAAUAUGAUUUGGCCAGCUGAGAUAGCGCAUCGGUACUUUUGUCGUGCAGUACUGAACGAUCGUUUUUGGUUCGUCAUCAGUGUCCACUCACAACAAUAGACUAUUCGUGACAAGGCCUACUCAGAUCACAAACAUGGAAAUGCUUCCAAAGGAAAAGACACUAGAACUGCGCAGAAAACAUAUCGGUGAAGCCUGCAGGUUAUGGUACCCUACUCGCCCCCUCAAGAUAGUCCGCGCCAAGGGUCAGCACAUGUACGACGAACAAGGAAAUGCAUAUCUGGAUUGCAUCAACAACGUUUGUCAUGUCGGUCACAGCCACCCACGAGUGGUUCAGGCGGCCGCGGAGCAGAUGGCCAUCCUCAACACCAACAGCCGAUUUCUUCACGACACCCUGGUGCAGUACGCUGAACGGCUAACGAGGACAAUGCCUGAGAAAUUAUCCGUCUGCUUCCUGGUGAACUCUGGCUCGGAAGCAAACGACUUGGCAAUCCAGCUGGCACAGAAAUACACCGGCCACAAAGAUGUCAUCACUCUUGACCAUGCAUACCACGGCCACCUUCAGAAUGUUCUUGCCAUCAGUCCCUACAAGCACAAACUGCUGGGCAAAGACGCCAAAAAGAAGUGGGUCCACGUGGUGCCACCCCCGGAUAUGUUCCGAGGCGAACACUGCAAGGCAGAGAACCCCGGCGAGGCAUUCGCGAACGACGUCAAAGUAACCAUUGACAAAGCACACGCUGGUGGGAGGAAGAUUGCAGCCUUUUUUGCCGAAUCUCUCCAGAGUUGUGGUGGACAACUUGUGUAUCCCCCCGGUUACUUCAGGAAUGUCUUUCGGCAUGUUCAUCAGGCUGGUGGUGUGUGUGUUGCCGAUGAGGUUCAAAUUGGCUUCGGCCGGGUCGGAAAGCACUGGUGGGGUUUCCAGACACAAGGAUCUGACAUUGUUCCUGAUAUAGUGACUAUGGGCAAGCCUAUGGGUAACGGCCACCCUAUCGCUGCGGUGGUAACCACGCCAGAGAUUGCAGCCAGCAUGGGCCGUGGUGGAUACCAGUAUUUCAACACUUACGGAGGCAAUCCCGUGUCCUGUGCAGUAGGCAUGGCUGUCAUGGACAUCAUCGAGGACGAGCAUCUGAGAGAAAAUGCCACCCUUGUGGGGGACUUUCUGAGGAAGGAACUGCUCGAAUUGAAGCAACGUUUCAAGAUCAUCGGUGAUGUCAGGGGGAUGGGCUUGUUCAUUGGCAUUGAGCUAGUCCAAGACAGAGCUACCCAGGAGCCAGCUGCCAAUGAGGCAACUUACAUCGUUGAAUUCCUGAGAGAAAAGUUCAUCUUAAUCAGCACGGAGGGACCCUUCUGUAACGUCCUCAAGUUCAAGCCGCCCAUGUGCUUCUCUAUGGAGGAUGCCUGCAACCUCUUGGCCCGGCUCUCCGAGGCUCUCCAAGAGCUCGAGAGCUUCUCGGUCGAAGAGCUCGAAGCUGUGGCCAAGUCCAAGCAGCUUCCGGUGCACCGUCAGUCUGCCAAGCCCCUCCUUUUGCCCGUUGUAGAUGUAGACGAGGAUGACUUGAUCUCGGGCCCAUCGAAGAGCAACGACAGUCCCACCACCUUGUCUGAAGACUCGGGUCUCGACCUCUCCCCCAGCCGCGAGAUCGAAGACGUGAAUGACCUGAACGCCAAUAUCAGCAGGCCCAAGAAGAGGCAGAAGAUUGAUCUCUAAUUUAAUCAUUUUCCCCCUCUUUUAUUUGUUGAUUGUUGUGUUUCAGUAAUUCUACACAUUUUUGGUUCAUAUGCAUACAGUGGUGCUGACGGCACCUUCCGAAUUUGAUACAAAAUUACAAAGUUGUCAUGUUGUGUUUUUGUUUAAUUUGCUGUGUUUUUUUUUUUUUUACUUUGAUUGAAAUCAAUCAAUUCUUGAACUCACUUACAAGUUAUUGAGACACAAGAAAUCAUUGCAGCUCACUUAAGGCAGUAAUUCUGAACAAAAGUAAAAAAACGGUAUAUUGAUGUUUGUACCUCUUAAGAUAUACAUACACAUACUAGUUACAUGGUGUCUUAGAUACUGUAAUUUCAUUGGUCUAAUCGUUUACCUCAUAUACACUGCUUGCAUAUAAUUUACCUCAUAUGCACUGCGCACGCGACUGAGAACUGCAACCGCUCAGUCUCAUGUCUGGCAGGAAAGCUUGCAGUUUAAAUACAAAAGGUCACACCGCAGUGAUUUGAUUUACGUCUUGCACAGUAAUUUGCAAGCCUUUAUCCUUUUGACUUAUUGGCACGAUAUAACAAAACAAUUGUGGACUGCUGUGAUGUUGGAUAUGUCAUUUUUAUCCCCUUCGCGUAGCAUCUAUGACCCGUGGCUUCUCCUUGGGUACUAGACGCCCAUAUCCCCCAUCUCAGCAGUCAACAAGUGUAAAAUAAACUACUUUUUAAUAUUGUGUUUACAUAUGUGACCGGCUCCGCAACAAAGGGUAUUAUGUCACAAAAAAAGUGAUAUUUAGUUAUAUACAUGUACAUGGUUGGAAAGCCCAUAACAUAAGCUUUCAUUUGGUAUACAAUAGAGCUCCAUAGCCCCUCCCGUGCUGGAGAUAUAACGUGUUUACAUAUUAAUUACUUCCUUAAGUUCAAAUUACACAAAUGAGAACGCAGGCUUUGAAAUAGCUGAAUCUGUUGUAGAACAACAGAACGAUGCACACAAAAUAGUCA